AAGCCAUGGGGGGCACCCCCCGGAACCCCUUUCCCAGGCGCGCGCUCUCCGCUGGAUGAGGCGCAGAGAGACACUUUCCCCGGGAUAAGUGUGGGGGAGGCUGAUUGGGGGCUCCAACGCCCGAGGCUCCAACGCCCGAGGCUCCGAAAAGAGAGAGUUGGCGGAGGGACCGGACUCCGUGCGGGGCCAUGGCCUAGGCCCUUCGGCCCCGGCCCCGGCCGCAAUGACCUCUUUGCCCUGCCCGCUCCCUGGCCCGGACGCCUCCAAAGCCGUCUUCCCGGACAUCGCCCCCGUCCCAUCGGUAGUGGCUGCCUACCAGCUUGGCCUGUCCCCCGCAACCGCAGCCGCCUCCGAUUUGCCCUAUUCUGGGCCGUAUGGCCACGUCCUGCCCUAUCCCUACACUGGGCCGGCGACCCCCGGAGACUCCUACCUGCCCUGCCAGCUACCCACGGCGCCGUCUCAGCAGUCUCAUCAAGAGUGGGAGCCAGACUCGGAGAAGCCGCCGCUGUCCCCGGAGCCCUCGGAGCGGCGCCCGCAGGCCUCGACCAAGAAGCUCCGGAAGCCGAGGACCAUCUAUUCGAGUCUGCAGCUGCAGCACCUGAACCAGCGUUUCCAGCACACGCAGUACCUGGCUCUGCCCGAGAGGGCCCAGCUGGCCGCGCAGCUUGGCCUCACCCAGACACAGGUAAAGAUCUGGUUUCAGAACAAACGUUCCAAGUACAAGAAGCUCCUGAAGCAGAACUCUGGGGGACAGGAAGGGGACUUCCCUGGGAGGCCCCCCUCCCUGUCUCCCUGUUCCCCACCCCUUCCACCCCCCUGGGAUCUGCCCAAGGCAGGGGCCCUGCCCACCAGUGCCUAUGGCAACAACUUCGGAGCCUGGUAUCAGCAUCACUCCCCUGAUGUCCUGGCUCCACCUCAGAUGAUGUGAAUCUGGGGAAGUGCAGGUCAGGCUCCCAGCCCUCCUCUAGCGCCCAGGCAGGACCCAGCCCACCUGCACCCCUCCUGGGCCAGGAGGAAGCCAGACCCAGAUGGCUUUUCUCAGGAGGAGGAGGAGGUAGAGGAGAAAAAGGAUGGCGUGGAGUCCUUUCCUCCUUGCCUCAUAACCCAGACAGCCUUGGCCAUUGCCCCCCACCACCACCAAGGACUGGACACCUUCCCUCCAGCUGGUCAGAGGCUCUGGAGAGAGACUCAUUGGCUGGAGUUCAGACUUCCCAGGACCCCUAGCCUUGCCACUCGUCCUUGAAAGGACUGCAGUCCCACCACAGCCUGGGGUUCAACCAGCAACAAACACUGAGUGUUUUUUCCCUUUGUGUGCCUUGGGCCCUGCCCAACCCACGGGUGCGUAAAAGCAGGAGUGAAGUGGACACCCAGAGUCUCCAAGCUGACCACCAUCGAGACCCACCCACUGAUUUUUCCUGAUUUUCCCCCCAUAACUGAUACACCUACUCACCAUCCUAUGAUGUAGAUGGGGUGGAGUAGAGUUUUGUCCACCUACGGGUAAUUUUUACCCUCUUCCUAAAAAAGCCCCUUUUCCCCAUGUCUACCCACUAUGAGUAGAUAAUGGACCCAAUUACCCAUCUAGUUCAAUGAGUAUUUAUUAUUAAGAGUCUGAUUCCUAUUCCUAAUACCUAAACAAACCCACAUGCACACACUCUCUGGAAGCCAGCAGGGUAACACUUUGGGGAGAAUGGGGACAAGUGUAGGUAGAGAUGCCCCCAAAUAGGUGGGGUGAGCCCAGCAGUUUAGCUCCUCACAGCUGUCUCUGUCGAAUAGAACUGCUCGUAUUUAUAACCAGUCUGACUAGCAGCCCCCAGGCUCUUACCAGCCCCCGUAUAUAAGCAUCCAGAGAUUAAAGUCUGUACAGAAACCUGGGCCUUGGCUCUGAGGUACGUUCAUCUCAUGACUUCUGCUCAGCUUUCUCUUCUCUCCCACCUGACCCUUCCAGCACCGAACCAGAGGCACUGGAUCCUCCUCUACCACUAACUGGCUAUCCGGUUCUAGCUCUGGAAUGUUCUAGUAAUUUCCAUAUUUUCAGACACUCCAGUGUGAAACCAGAAGAUGCUAAUACAGGGAAUGAUCAAAGUCUGAGUGAUCCUCACAGCAAAUUCUCUCCUGGCCCAGUUCUGGAGGGAGCCAGGCACCUCACAGCCCCCUGUGCCCACCUUCAGCCCAGGGAGAGCCCCUGCUCACCUUGGGGGAGGCCACACCUACUGACCCAGUCCAGUCCUCCCCUGGGAGAAGUGAGCUCCUUGGGGUGGAAAGGCCCCAAUUCACCUAGUGGAAGGGGGAGCAGGAGGGAGAGGAGAAGGAGAACCCCAGAAGGGACUGGACUUCUCCAUCCAACGAACAUUUGUAGAGCCGCUGCUCUGUGUUAGAUCCUGGGGAUAUCAAGGUGACCUAGGCAGACCCUGUGGGCUAACAGAGGCCAGACAAUGACAAGCCAGUUGUGUGAAGUGGCAGGCUAAGGGAAGUGCAGAGGGCAGUGAGGGCAUAGUCAACGCACACGCACGCAUGCGCGCACACACGCACACACACGCACACACACGCGCGCAUGCGCGCACCUGGCACCCAGCAGCAGGGGGAUUGAGGACAGGGGCUGCAAAUAAUUCGGGGAAUCCAGCCCAGCCUGGCCCGAGGCCUUGGGGGAGGGGCCUCCAGUUCCAGACUAGAAGCUCCCAAGUCAAGCUUCCCUCUUACUACCUAAACCUGUCCCCAAGCAAACUGGAAAGCCCACCCGGGCACUUCUACCAACCCAGGCUGGCCACAGAGAAGCCCAAAUUGGAGUCUUAUGUAGGGGAGAGGGGUUAUGAGAGUCAGUGGGAGCCCCCCACCUCAAAAGGGCUGCAAUCAGCCCCUCCUAGGCCACCCCCAUUCCCCAAAAUAUACAUGGAGGGGUCUCCUGGGGGUGGCAAAUGGCACAGGGUGGGUCAAAGACAAGCUCUAGGAGCAGUGAGGAAUGAGGAUGCCAGGAAGAGAAACGCCUUCCUCUUCCUCCCCACCGAUGCCUUCUCCUGCCCCUCGCCACCCACCCCAUCUCCACCGGCUCUCUCGGUAGCCCCAGCCCCAGAUUCCUCCUCUGGGUCUUCUCUGAAGGCCACAGGUCCUCAAGGCAGCUGUUCCCUCCCA